AUGGGCAAGAAGGUCAAGCGCGACUCCACGCGGUGGCUGCACUCGCUGGGGGCGCUGCUGCUCACCACGGGGGCGUGCUCCGUCAUGUGGGAGCUUGCGGCGCUGCACGCGCAGAGCGCCUUCUUCUCGGACGACCUGCGGCCCGAGCUCUUCACGCUGGCGGCGCCCGCCUCUGUGUCACCCGACGACCUGCUGCACCUGAGCUUCCUGGAGGCCGCGUGCCAGGUGGAGAACGCCUCGGUGCUGCCGUGGGUCUUCGCCGCGCCGGGCAACGCCGCGGACCGGUCGUUCCCCAACCCGAAAGCCAGCACGUCGCUGCUGCACAGAGGAGAUCCGCGGCUGCUGGAGGAGUUGAAGCAAUGUCCAGACGUGGACAUCUACCUGCCGUCAGAGGCGCGGGGUCCUGCCGGGUGCGGGGCCAUUGUGGGGCCGCUCAAGUACUUGCGGUCUCGACUGCUGCCCGACUGGGCGCUGGAAGCUCAGAUGUACGACAUCGCCACGGGGCAGAGCAGCAACUACUGGGAUUUGUGUCCGCAGACGCCCAUGCUCUUCUUGUCUCCCGAUCAUCUGCUUAAGCUCGUGAACUCGGCGUCCUGGCCGAAGACCAAGCCUGUGUACCUCAUGGCGCCGGCGGUAGACUUCAAUACGAAGCCGGUGCCUCACGCUGCCAACUUUACCAGGUCGGUACUGGAGCUCACGGACGUCGUGCUCUGCAGAACCAUGCGCUGCGACCAAGAUAUCAAGCAGUUCUUAACGCGACGAGCUACCGAGGAGAACGACGAAGAGAAGGCCCAUGCAGUUAAGAGCACUCGAGUGCUGUACACGAGUCAGAUCACCCCCGAUCCCGUCACCUUCGCGCGGAAGAUGCGCGACGACGAACCAGUGCAGAACAACGUGGCGGACUUCGCCUACACGCGCUUCGCCCACACGACGUGGAACGUUUCGUCCAAGACGACGCAGGACGUCUUCAGCUGCUGGAACAACCACAAGGCCGAACUGCCGCCGCUGGACGUGUAUCUGCUGCGAGCUCUGCAUGAGAAGAAGCAGAACGACGGCUCGAGACUGUACAAACCAUUCCCUGGAAACAGCGAGACCAAGGUGCAGGUGGUGAACGCCACCAAGUUCUCCAAGCAGUUCGGGGACGCCUCGUUCUUCGUCUGUCCGACCGCUGAGGACGACUGUCUCGACCUCGCGCGCGCUGCUGGCGGCGUCAUCGUGACUGCAGACGCGUAUCCGAUGAACGAGUUCGUGUCGGGGCCCGCCGAGGGCGUGGUGUUCCCCACUCAACAGUUGACGCCACUGCCCCACGCCGAGUACCGGAGUCUGGUGCCGGACGACUCGCUGCUACUGCCUCCGCCAGCAGCGAAUUACCGCAGCUCGGACCUCUGCUCCGCCGUGCUGAAGGUGCGAUCCGAGUUGAAGCUGACCGACCGCAAGAACAUCGCCGUGCAGACGCGCCGUCGCUUCCACGAAGACGCCAAGUACUUUAUGCUCAGUAUGCUCGAGCUCCAGGGCUUCAGUCACCACGCGCGAAACCUUCGCGAGCAGGUGCAAGGUGAGGAAGAGCUGCAGGUGCACCUUCGUCACCGCAACUAG